GGUGGAGGCCAGAAGCCGGCUGGACUGAAAGGGACGUCUCCUCUCCGAAGACUCUUCAAGAAAUCACAAUGUCAACCAACACAGACCUUUCUCUCUCUUCAUACGAUGAAGGUCAGGGGUCCAAGUUUAUUCGGAAAGCUAAGGAGACACCAUUUGUCCCCAUUGGAAUGGCCGGCUUCGCAGUGAUUGUUGCAUAUGGGCUCUACAAGCUGAAGAGCAGGGGAAACACGAAGAUGUCUAUUCACUUGAUCCACAUGCGUAUGGCAGCCCAGGGCUUUGUUGUGGGGGCCAUGACUCUUGGUAUGGGCUAUUCCAUGUAUCAAGAAUUCUGGGCCAAGCGUAAGCCUUAGAAGAGCUGCUGCCUUGGUCUGGGAAGUGCUUGCUUUAGUUAGACGUCUCAUAUUGAGGUUACAUGUUUGUGUCUGCAAUAAAUAAUAUGGGUUUAG